CCACUCAGAUAGCUAUGAGUUUGCUAAAUAUAUUAGUAACAAUGCAAUUUUGUUUGCGAUUACAAGCAUUGCAAAACAUUUGCAAUUUAUUGUUGCCAAAAUUUGUACGUGUUUAUAAGGGAAAAGAUAAUACAUUUUCGGGAAAUAUGAAGAAAUGUCCAUUCGAAAAUAUUUGGAAAAUAGUACAUAAAGCGAUUAAAUUAACAUUUGACAUCAGUAGCUCAGUUUUUCUUGCUCUAAGUAAUUCCUCAUACAUUUAAAUUAAUUACAUACCUAUUGUAAUUUGGAUAACAAUGAAGCUCCUUACUUUCAUUGCGUUUUUGACACUGGUAACAUAUGUCGCCGCCCUGCCUCAACCGGACACCAACAUACAAAUACAACACUACGAUGGUCCCGUUUACCUCGGCAACACAACACCUAACUGCUGUCCCUUCUGUAACUCUAUAAUAAAACCCGAAAAUGAAUGUAAAACUACACCGGAAUAUCCUCAAGUCUAUGGGAACACCUUUGAUAACGAACCAUAUGAAGUAACCAUAUCUGUAGGUACAAACGAUCCAUGUGAAAAUGACAAAAACACGCUUGGAAGUACCAAUUUAGGGCCGUCAGAAAACUGCAAAUCUUUACUGCAUACAUCCAUCCAUAAUAUACCAGUGACUUGCUACGGAACAGGUAAAAAUACUAGGUCACCGGUGACACCGCUGUCGAACUAUCUGCCUAUAAACACGGCGUGCCAGAAUACUUGCCAAGUGCCGAUACUCACGUACAACGGGAACGGGGACGAGACGGUACUCGUCCCGCAGAAGUUUAUGUACUCGCUGAUACUCGAUGGCGAGGUUGGGACGAAUCAGAAUGCGUGUGACAGCAGAAUGUAUUAUUAUCGUUGAGUUUGUAUUAAAAAUGUAUUUUCUUGUGCUUGUUUAGAGUUCUAAAUUACUUUUAGGAUAUCAUAAUGUUUAAA